AUCCUGGCCUGUCCACCGCUUACAGUCCGGGGAAGCGCAGUCCUAGGAUGCUAAAAAACCCAUAAGGGAGCUCGCGCUGGGCUCCCCAAACCCCAUGGCGCAGACACAGGGCGCCGACGCGUCCUGCCCACGACCCGGCUGGCUUUUUCCCCUGGGUGGGAAAGUGGGUCAAUUCUGUUCUAGCCUCGAGUGGGCCUGUAAGGCUCCUGGGUUCUGAGCAAAACCCCCGUCCCUCACUUCCCCACACCUGCUCCUCGGCUUGGCACUGUCCAGAGGCCUGACCAGAGGCAGCGGUGGGGGCAGCUUGCACGCAUGGCUCUGGAGGCUCCGGUUGCUGGUCCAAGCUGCUGCCAGGCUCUAAAGUUCCCAAUUGACCACACCAGUAACUAAAUAUAGGAGCAGCUGGUGCGGACGUGGUGUCGCAGCGGCUCCUGGGACCGCAGACAAGGCACAGGCCCCUUUGUGAACAGGAGACCAGCCUGGGGGCUGGGAACAAGACAUCCACGUCUGUAUGCUGAAGAAGAUGGGUGAGGCUGUGGCCAGAGUUGCAAGGAAGGUCAAUGAGACGGUGGAGAGUGGCUCUGAUACCCUGGACCUGGCCGAGUGCAAACUGGUGUCCUUCCCCAUUGGCAUCUACAAGGUCCUGCGGAAUGUCACCGACCAGAUUCGCCUCAUCACACUGGCCAACAAUGAGCUCACGUCCCUCACCAGCAAGUUCAUGACCACGUUCAGUCAGCUCCGAGAGCUCCACUUGGAAGGGAACUUCCUACAUCGUCUCCCCAGUGAGGUCAGCAGCCUGCAGCACCUCAAGGCCAUUGACCUGUCUCGGAACCAGUUCCAAGACUUCCCUGAGCAGCUCACCACCCUGCCAGCACUGGAAACCAUAAACCUGGAGGAGAAUGAGAUCAUAGAUGUGCCCGUGGAGAAGCUGGCCGCCAUGCCAGCCCUGCAUACCGUCAACCUCCGCUUCAACCCACUGAACGCCGAGGUGCGGGUGAUCGCCCCUCCACUCAUCAAGUUUGACAUGCUCAUGACUCCAGAGGGCGCACGGGCCCCUCCACCUUAGGCAACCCUUUUUGUGCCCACCCAGCAAGGGACAGAGGCCACUGGCCUGGCACCCUGACAGGAGGGAGACUCAUAGGCUCACAGGAGGCCAAGCUUGGGGGAGUAGGGGUGGGUGGGCCGCACAGUCCGCAGUAGGAGGGGGUGCAGCUGGGCCAGGAUAGCUAGCUUAGCACCAUAGUGGACCCUGGAAUGCCCAGGGGGAGGAGGCAAGGGCAGGCUGGAGCCUGGGCUCUGGACACUCAGCUGCUGUGUAAAAUUGGGCAGAUCUCCUGCCCUCUGAGUCUUGUUAAUUGGGAGGAGGAAUGGUGGCAGAAAGCCUUUGCUUCUUUUUGGGCUGAUUGGAGGUUUUACCUCUGCAUCAUCAGACGCCCUCUAAGGCCACAAGUGAACGCUGCUGAGCAUUUUCUGGGCCUCUGCAUUUGAGGCCGUUUCUAGUGCUGUAAGCCAGACAUGGCCUGGGAGGAGUAGGAGAAAUGUCCUUCUAUUUAUUGCUUCUUGAGAACUGAACUUGGUGGGGCCCUUCACGGGUGCCCCAAUCUUGGCCAUGUGGAUCCCCAGGCUGGUGGGAACUGGAACCAGGAAUCCCUAUAGCAGGGCAAGAGUAUUUGUAUAGAAUCCCAGGCAUCGGCUGGACAGGACACUGGGGAGCAAGUCAAGGCAGCUCUGUCCUUUCGUGAUUAAGAAGUCAGUGGGUCUGUAGUUCUGGGUGCUCUCUCCUCCCCGGGAGUGGCCAGUGUACCUGCUCACCACCCCCUAAGCUGCGUGAAGGGCCCAGAGAGCACCAAGCCACCUCUUUGCCUAUGGCUCUGGUCCAAGAUAUUAGAUGGCUCCCCUCUCCAUGGCAGCCGCCUGGCUGCUUUUCCUGACCCCUGGGAGUGAAAGCAUCAUGGACCACUGGAUGCACAGUUAGCCACCACCACCACCACCAGAUCCCCAAUGACCUGACCCUAGACCCUCCGCCUGGUCUAGGAAAUGGCCUUGACCAACCAGCCUGGAGUGCCUAGGAUUGAGAGAUUUCCCAGGUUGUGGGACUGUCAGUGCUAAUGCUGGGAUAGUCCCAGGAGAGGGCUAGGCUGUCACUUCUUCAUAAAGCCUGUGCUUUAGAGAAGCCUGACCUCCUGAUCCCCAGGUAUCUACCUCCCACAUCCUCAGCUGUGCAGCAAGCUGACUCAGAGCUUCCCCCACUGGCCUGCACCUUCAUCUAGGUCUGGGCUCUUGAUGCCCCGGGACUUGGGCACAGCUGGGCCACUUCACCUGCCCUAGUGUCAAGCUGUUCAGAGCUCAGACCACUGCUCAGAGCAGGAACUUUGUCUCAGAAUGCCCCCCAUGUCCCUUCCCCUUCCCAGGUUUCCUGUCUCUUGGCAAGAGCUGACAGGUUGGACCUCACAGGGUACUCAGUAUCCCUUGUUCACUCUAUUCCUAUCCUAAAGCCUGGUCAGCCAAACUCUGGGAAAAGGGCUUUUAGGUAAGGAGGUCCGGACCUGGUCUCCACAGCUACUGAGUUCAGUUGGGAACACUGGGGACAAGUGAAGGGCUAAAGUGCAGUCCAGGUUGGAAUGGCCCCUUCCACCAUGUGUCUUGGAGUAUACUUGUUGAAGAAGAGGCCGCUUCUAGGAUGCACAAAGGUAUCAUACAUCUGGAGCCUUGCAACUUCAAGUGUGGUCUGUGGACCGGCAACAGCAACAUCACCCAAAGCCUGUGAUAGAUGCAGUCCUGGCCAGGCAUGGUGGUGCACAGCUGUAAUCCAAGCACUCAGGAGGUUGAGGCAGAAGGAUCCAGAGUAUGAGGCCAGCCUGGGCAACUUAGUGAAACACUGUCUAAAAACAAAAAAGGAAAAAGAAAAAAAGUGCAGGGUCUCAGACCUGCCCAGACUUUCUGAGUGUCUUCAUUCUCACAAUAUUCCAGCCCAUUCCUUUGGGUACUAUUGAGAGGCAAGAUCAUAGGGGUGACCUGGACAUGUCCUGGGAGUGGAGGAUCUGAGUAUUCAGCCUCCCCUGGAUCCAGUCCUGGCAGACCUUGACCUCUUAGAUCUUUCCAAAGUCUGCAUGACAGUCGCAGCAAAGGAAAUGACUGCGGUCACCAGGACAUGAGGGUUGGAUUAGCCUGCUCUCUACCCUGCCUCUCUGGUUUGCCUCUGCAUGCCCAGUUCUUCCCCAUAAGUCUUUUGGAGGGGCUGCUUCUGGAAGUUGUUUUCUACUGUGCUUGGACAGUGUGCCCUUGCCUCUCUGGGCAAGCUUGGGCAGUCGAAGAAGCCCGCAAAUCUGGGCUCACAGUGUGAGUGAGCCCUAGCAUCAGUCUGCAAUAAAGAAUGUGUUGGUCUCAUCUGCCUGGUUGGUGUUUGAUUCUCCCUGCAUAAAGCUCCAGGAGCUAGUACCCACAAAAAGCAAAACAAAUCAAAACAAAAACCAGAUUUUCAGCCCACCCUAGAGCUACGAGUCAAAAUCCCAGGCUGGCUUGGGGCCCAGUACACAGUCU